AUGUUUUUCUCUUCAGACCUUACAACGGCCAAAUCACAAAGUGUUAUAAAGUCUCAGCUGGAAAAAGAAAUGUAAGUAGUGCUUAAAAAUUUUACUUUGAUUUUUUUUCAGUAACUUUACUGGUGUUAUGGUUCAAAGUUUUGCGUUUGUGGAUACAUUUUUGAGCUGUGACCAUUCAAAUGAAAACUGUUGAGUGGUACUUUCUUGAGAAAUUGUUUUCUAUGCUUUGUAUAUGGUGGACCUAACAAUUCCGAUUAGACGGUCUUUCUCUAACCACUGGAUUUACAACUCGGAUCAUUUGAAACCAAUUCAUAAUGUCUGCGGCAGUUGUUUAAACUCAUUUUGGUCUUGUAAGUGUACUCGAUUACAACUGAGAAAUGCCUUUUAAAAUGCGGUAUGCUAAAACGUCUGUGAAUUUGGGGCGAGGGGAACUAAAAAGUAGUCGGUUGCUUCGUUUUAUCAAACAGUGUCUUGUAUUAGUUCCAGUUGAGUGUAUACUUUUUAAAAUCCAUUCUUGUGAUUAUGUUUCUAGUAACACUCUCCGAGUCACUCGAGCCGCUGCCCUGCAAGGUCAAGAUGGCGGCUCAACCACUACCGCUGGGUAUGUCGGGAAGAAAGGCAAGGAUUUUGAGUUUGGUCACGUGUUACCCAUCCAGGUGGAGUUCGCCGAGUGUAGUGCCAAAGGACAAGCGGAGGGAGAGGCUGAUUUAGAUGCAGUGGAAAAAUGGCUUGAAAAGAUUGCUUGA